AUGGGUGCUAGAGAGGGGGAGGAGGGGGAGGGGUCCAUGGUGGUACUGGUGGGAGGAGAGUGUUUGGGGGGGUUGUUCCAAGACUGGGAAUGUUUGGGUGGAGAAGAGAGGGAUAUGGACUGGUGGUCGGAUAUAGUUGCUUGUAAAUUGUUGAAGGUGAAGCGGAUCGGCGUGCAGGAAGUCGGGUUUGGUGGUGGUGGUGAUGCUCGUUGUGCUGGGUGUGGGCCGUUGCAAGACGUGGGGGUGUAUGUAAUGGUGUACAGUACUAUACGCCCGCUUGAACAAGUCUAUGCCAACCAACACGUACUUGCCGCACGUAUCGUCGACUCAGUAUAUGUAGGUGGCCUGGGGCAGCCGCCCGCGAUACAAUGCCUCAGCCAAGGCAUCCAUCUCUCGACAUGGGCUGUCACUUGCAGGCCAAGUCGAACCAUUCUCAUGGCCCUCGAAAAGCUUGUGUUCUCGUAUACAUGGACAGUUGCACAAUACAACGGACAGGACAUUCGGGCCAGAAGCGUCGGAGCUGAUGGGAGUCCAAGGGCUGGUGGUUAUGCGUCGGCAGUUGGGGCUUGUCCGCUUGGCCGAUCCAGGGGCGCCACAUCGAGCCGCCAGGCUCUAACGCUGUGUGUUUUAGCUGGUGGCCCCCAAACGCCUCUCAAACGUCCCCCCUUCAGCCUUUUCCCAUGCCAAAGACGAAGAUUCAUGGCCGCCUGGGUUUCAGACGUCGAAUCCGUCCAUAGUCGCCCUCCAAUUGGCUAG